GUCUGCUUCUGCUACAGUGGAUUGGCAGUACUGCCCAAAACGUUAUGUUCUACGUAAACCCUAACGUAUACGCUCAAUUGUGGACGCAGCCUAAAGCACUAUACCUGUCCCCCAAGUUUUCGUCCCUUCAAUUUAAAUACCCGUGACCGUUCUCCUAUACCAAGUCUAUAUUCGUUGAUUAUAUGGUCAGAAAGUGUUGGCCUUCUUCAGGACACGGAUGACGGAGUUAGGUUAGGUCUCUCUCUUGGUUAUGGGCUCGUAUCAUUCGUCUGCUAAGAUAUUAUUUUUUAAAAACAAAUUUUAUUUCAUGGCCGCAUAGAUAAAUAACCGGCCACAAGACAUUUAUAUAGAGUAAGCAGGAAACUAGUACAAAUGAAUUCAUCAAGAAUGUUUAGGAACUUAAAAUCAAGCGAAAAACUUUUGCUUUGUUUAUGGAAAACACCAAAGCUUUGCAGAACUCUUUUGUCACAAGCUUAUCAAUGCCAAGAAGCAUGGAACAAGCGGUUACAGUCUCCGUUGUUGCAAAAAAUUAAGCCUGUUGAUUUUUUCUUAGAAUUAGAUCACAAAUUUCAAACUCAAAGUAGAGUGAGUGCUGUAGAUAUUGAUAUUUUUAGUAAUAGUAUCACCAAUAAUAGCCAAAUACAAGAGCUUGAGGAUUUAUUAUAUAAAUUAAGAAUGUCAAGAGAAACAACAUUCACUCUUGAUUCUACACAUCAUGCAGUUGUGAGAUUUUUCUUAGAGACUGGACAAGCUGAACAACUUUUAGAUGUUUUAAAUGACAGAUUGAAUUACGGCAUAUUUUGUGAUUACUUUUGCUACAACAUACUAAUGGAUCAUUUUAUUGAAAAAGGAAAAUUCGGAUUAGCAGCUAAAACUGCAAGUUUGAUGAUGUUACAAGAAGAAUAUAAGCAUCCUAUUAGUAAUGCCUUAGCAAUUUAUUCAUGUCAUAAGUAUUUAGAAAAUGCAGAUAGUUGGCAAGAGGUAGAUCCUGAAACAUUGAAAGAUCCUGAACCAAAGGAAGAAGUUAAAAUACGUGUUCACUACCUCAGAAAUCCUUAUUUUGAUGACCAUUUUGAUCUAUGGAAACCAUCAGAUCUUACAGGAAAAACUUUGUAUUUAAUAGGGCAAACAAUGUAUGAUCCACUUGGAAGAACUUGUCAGUUAAGAGGACUAUUAUUGUAUAGAAAGUUGAUAGAUGCUAUUGCACUACUUAAGAAAUGGAAACAAGAAGGAGUUAAGGAAGUUGUUUACAGAGAUGUACUUCCUUUAAUUAAAAAAGAUGUACCAGAAAUAUUUGGAGAAGAAGCUUCUGAUGAAGCAAAAGAAUUACAGCAGCUUCUACCUGACUCAGAAACUGCAAACUUGCAUCAAGGCAAUUUGGAAACAGACAUUGAAAAUUUAGCCAAAACAGCAAUCGAUACUUAUUCUCAAGAAGAUAUUGACAAACAAAUUAAGAUUUACAAUGAAUGGGAAGAAAAAAGAAUGACUGUUCUUAAAGAAAAUUUAGCUGAACUAGAUCGUCAAGCAAGAUUAGCUAAGAUUGAACAAAUAAAGCAAGAACUUGCGGAACAAGAACAAGUUCUUACCUUCUUUGAAAACGAAGAUAAAAUAGAGUUGACAAUUGAACAAAAACUUGAAAAAGAAAAGAAAAUAUUUGGUGAAGAAAGUGAGGUUGUACAAAAUCUGGAUGAAAAUUAUGUGCCACCAGAAAUCGUUAGAAAAAGAGAAAACCAAUAGUUAUAAUUUAAUUUUGGUGAAACAUUUUUGCACAUUUUUUUAAAAAUCAUUUAUUCAUGUAGAUUGAAAAUAAUUUGUAUAUUAUUAUCUUAAUAAUAAUGUAAAGCUAUUGUAUUUAAGUUGUUAUAAAAAUUUGAUACUUUUAAUUAGCGUAUUUAUUAAUGUGGCAAUGUAAAAUAUUCCAUAUUACGAAUAAAUUAUAAGGAUUGAACUUUUUUAUACUAUGAACCAAA